AUGUCAGACAGCUAUUUCAUCGGUACCGUAGCACGUGUGCAAAGCAUUCCUCGAUUCUCGUCCCCAGCAGCGCUGAAGAAAACGCUCUCGGCGCUGAAAAACCCAUCGGAUCUUGAUGAACAGUCGAUCACCAAAUAUCUCAAGGAUCUUGCCGACCAAGAGGCCCGAGAGCUCAAUUCGAAAGCCACAUCGUCACCCAGCUCGCAAGCUCUUAUGGUUCCCAAAAGGGAGAUUGGAAUGAUGGUCAGCCUCGAUCAUACCAUAUAUUUUCACGACCGUCGAGCUUUCCGAGCAGAUGAUUGGAUCUUUACAGAGAUGGUCAGCCCUUGGGCCGGGGAAGGCAGAGGCCUUGUGACCCAAAGAAUGUGGGCUCGCGAUGGCACUCUGAUUGCCACUUGCGUGCAAGAAGGUGUUGUCCGCCUCAAGCAGGACAAGCCUGCUACGAGCAGCAAGCUUUGA